GCCAGAAAAUUAGGCUCUUUUUCGUUCCUGCUGAACCUAAAGUAGCAUUUGUAGUAAGAAUUAGAGGAGUAAAUUAAUUACACCCUGAUGCUAUUAGAAUUUUGAGACUUUUUAGGCUUAGAUAAAUCCAUAACGGAACCUUUUUUAAAAUAAAUAAAGCAAGCUUAAAUAUGUUGAAGAAAGUACUUCCUUUUGUAACUUUUGGAUAUCCUUCAAGAUAAACAGUUUCUAAAUUACUCCUUAAAAGAGGUUUUGCAAAAGUAAAUGGACAAAGAAUCCCUAUUACUGAUAAUGCUUUUAUCGAAAAGGAACUCGGAAAAUACAAUAUAAAUUGUAUUGAAGAUCUUGCUCACGUAAUUACUACUUGUGGACCUCAUUUCAAAGAGGCAAAUAACUUUUUAUGGCCUUUUAAACUUGAUACCCCUAGAGGAGGAUUCAAAAAUAAAAGACACGCAUUCCAUUAAGGUGGUGACUGGGGUAACAGAGAAGUAUUCAUUAAUCAUUUAGUUAAAGCUAUGCUUUGAUUUAAAUUUAAUUGCAUUUGUUGUAUUUUUUUAUUGAAUGUUUUCAUU